AUGGUGAACUUGUUUAAGAAAGGAGACAAGACUGACCCAGGAAACUACAGGGGGAUCACACUGUUGAACACAGUAGGAAAAGUGUUCUGUAAGCUGCUGAACGAUAGGAUAGUGGGAGUAUUGGAGAAGGAACAUAGCAUUAGUGAGGGCCAGGCAGGUUUCCGAAAGAAGAGGGGGUGCGUAGACCACGUAUUCACGGUAGGGAGAAACAACCAAGGUAGAAAGAGGGCAGGAAAGCCGACGUACUGCUUCUUCCUGGACGUGAAAAAGGCAUACGAGACCGUAUGGAGAAAUGGGCUGUGGAAACACCUGUCCAAAUACGUGAUCAAUGGGAAAAUGUGGAGAGUGCUGAAGAAGAUGACAGCGUGUACGAAAAGCGCGGUCAUGCUAGACGGAGAACUGUCAAAAUUCUUCGACAUUGAGCAGGGGGUCNUCCUGGACGUGAAAAAGGCAUACGAGACCGUAUGGAGAAAUGGGCUGUGGAAACACCUGUCCAAAUACGUGAUCAAUGGGAAAAUGUGGAGAGUGCUGAAGAAGAUGACAGCGUGUACGAAAAGCGCGGUCAUGCUAGACGGAGAACUGUCUAAAUUCUUCGACAUUGAGCAGGAGGUCCCACAAGAGGGGAGAGGCCUGAGGUGGAGCUCGCUCUCGCAGCGUCCGGCAUGGGCCGGCGCGGCGGGGGAAGUGGGGGGGCAUCCGGGGGUCAAGACGGCGGUCAGGCAGCAGCUGGCCGCCAAAAUCAUGGCGGAGAGAAGAAAAAGAUUGACAUGUUCAACGACGACCCCGGCGGAUUUUGCCGCUACCACCAGUCCGAGCUUCACACCAACGAGAAGUGUCGUCUCUAGCAGCAACUGCGGCGCGCGCGUCCGAGAGAGGGCGCCAUGGAGCGCUGCUCGGGCGGCGGCAGCCGCGGUGGCGGCGGUAGCCAACGAGGGGGUAGACCGCCGCCGGGGGCAGGCCGCGGUGGCGGCCGAUGGGAUAGGAGUGACGAUUGGAGUAGAGCCUGCUGCGUCUGCUUCGUCUUUGCUGAGUGUGGAAUCUAGUGAGGGGCCGCCUGGUAGCGAGAGAUGGGUAGCUGACUCAGGAGCCAGCAACAGUUUCACCAACAGCAGCCUACACAUGUAUGACCUACAAGAGAUCCCCGCCAGUAGGAAGUAUGUCGUUGUAGGUGAUGGUCGACUGCUAGAAGUGCAAGCCAUCGGUAGUAUUAAUCUUAGUUUCUUUCAGGAGGAUGAGAAUGGUGAGAAAACGACGAUGUGUGUGAAGCUCACUGACGUGUCUGUUGUAGAGAGCCUGAGUUUCAACUUGUUCUCAACGCAUGCUGUUUCUCUGAAGCAACCAAUCCUCUACGACGAACGUGGUGCAACCCUACAAAAUGGACUGCUCUUUGCUAGAGAGGAAAAAGCGUCUGCAGCGUAUGCCAUGCGGUUGCCGUACGACCCAUCUGCGACUAUUGUAGACCCUGCUGCUUUGCCCGCAUUCGUGACUGCCCCCGAUUCCGCCCCCGCCGUUGGCUCCGCGCGUUCCCCUUCCCAAAAGGGGGGCUCCGCGAAAUCAUUGGUGUCCAUGUUGCGUAUUCCUCCCGCUGGCUCAGCUAGCGUAGUACCUUCGGCUGAUAGCGUCCCGCCCACUGGUCCCACCAGUGUAGUACCUGCGAGUGAGAGCGUCCCGCCCGCCGGCUCUGCCGACGUAGUACCUUCCUCGGCGUCCGAGUUUGUGUGUGUGGGUACUUUUCCGGGUAUGGAUCUUGGAGAUACGAGUGUGCUCACCGACGAGCAGCUCAUGGAUGGCUAUGAUGACACCCCGUAUCAAGAUUUUUUCCCCGUGUUUAUCCCAGAGAGUGACGCUGCGAAUGUGGCUGGUGUUUUGGAUAGCAUUGAUGGGGGUGCUGAUUUUGACUUGGGUGCGGCCGCGCUUGGCCCUGGUGCGUCCCCGUUUGCUCUUGGUUCGACUGAAAAGUCCGUUGACAUCAACCGCUUCCACCGCUCCCUUGCCCACGCUUGCGAGCCUCUUUUGAGAGAAACUGCCCAGCAGGGAGGCAUCGUGCUCACCGGCAAGCUGGAACCGUGCACGGACUGCAUGAAGGCGAAGGGCAGGCGAGGGUCGGUGCCGCGGGGGCCGGGAGCGCGGGCGUCCAAGCCACUGGGGCGUGUUCACCUGGACCUGCGUGGACCGCUGGUGCCUUCCCUGGGCGGCAACCUCUACCUGUUCCUCGCCGUGGACAGCGCCUCGCUGUGGAACAAGGUCUACGGUCUCCGGCGGAAGUCCGACGCGCUGGCGGCAACGAAAAGGCUGCUGGUGGACGUGGGGCGGUACGACCUCGGGCGCAUCGAGUGUUUCCGCGUCGACAACGGCACCGAGUGGACCCGCGGCGACUUCCGGCGCUUCUGCGACGACAACGGCAUCGGCGUCGAGUUCACAACUCCUGGCGUUCCGCAGUACAACGGCGUCGUCGAGAGCGCCAUCUGGCGCAUCAUGAAGGGUGGCAUGGCCUCUCGCCGCAGCGCUGGCCGUUCGGCGACCAAGGUCAUCCCCGGGCGGCGCUCGCCACACGAGAUGUUCAUCGGCGAACAGGGGCCUUUCCGCGUGCUGCCGUUCUUCCAGCCCGGCUUCAUGCGUGAGGAUCGCCGCACCAAGCUCGACGACCAGGCCACCCUCUGCUACUACCUGAACGGCGGCGACAACCACCCGAGCGGCACCGUCAAGGUCCACAAGGCGUCCAUCGGCCGCGUCAUCUACACUAACAACGUGUCGUGGGUGACGUCGGCGCCAGCCGGACUCAUCUCGAUGCUAGACAGGAACACUCUGGUGUCGAUGCUGGAGGCUCGGAGCGCGGUGGAUAAGGAGCGCAGGGAGCUGGGGGGGGCGGAGGCCGGAGAGCCGGGGGGAACGGGGGCCGGAGAGCAGGCGGGAGCACUCGCAGCAGUGGACCCGGGGGCUGCAGGAGCGGGCUUUCCACUCGCAUUUGCCAAGCCCCUCGCCAACCGGGAAGACAUCGACGCCACGCUGCGAGACCAGCGCCCGCCGGAGCAACGCCCUGACCUUCCGCAUUGCCAGGCCAGCGACCUUCGUGUCCCCAAGAGCUACAAAGAGGCCAUGGCGUCGGAGCACCGGCACCUUUGGAGCGACUCUAUGCAAAGGGAGUUUUAUGGCUUGUUGGAAGCGGGGACUUUUACUCCGGCGAACGACCUUCAUGUCCCCAAGAGCUACAAGGAGGCCAUGGCGUCGGAGCACCGGCACCUUUGGAGCGACUCUAUGCCAAGGGAGUUUUAUGGCUUGUUGGAAGCGGAUGAGUUUGGAUGGCCCACUAAGGUUAAGUCGAGACUUGUAGCGAGAGAUGACGUUUUUGCUGCGGGAGAGAGGGAGAGAUGUGACAAGUUUGGCGCCGACCAUAAGAAGUCCGAGCCAGUGAAGAACCUGAGAGAGUUGAGAUGGUAUUCUGGGUGCUUGUACGAGAGGAACAAGGAGACCGGUAGGUUGAUGAUUUCUCAGCAGACUUUCACGGAUGAGCUAGCAGCAGAAUAUGGAGUAGUGGAAGGUACGCUGAUGCGGACUUUGCAAGCAAGGCAGCAGACCGUAGGUCGGUAUCAGGAGGGAUCGUGACGUAUGGAGGAGGCGCUGUGCCUGUGUUUUCCAGAACGCAGAAGUGUCACGCUUUCGACCACCGAGGCAGAGUACGUCGCGCUAGGUGACGUAGUGAAGGAGAUUUGUUUUUGAGGCAGAUUUGGGGUUUCAUGUUGCCGCAGGUCGGCAUGCUGUGCAUCCCCAUCUUCGAGGACAGCCAGGGGGCGAUUCAACUAUUUAGCGCUGAACCCCAUCUCAAACUCGGACUCGAAGCACAUAGAUGUAAGGCACCAUU